GGGCCGCGGCCGGUCCGUCACACACGGAGGGAAGGAAGGAAGGAAGGAAGGAAGGAAGCCGCUCCUCCGCAGUCGGUUCCUGGACGUCUCGUUUCCCAGCGGAGCGCCAGUACCCGGUUAAGACAGCCUCACCAGAAGUAGAGGCGCACUGAUGCGGCUGCGCCCUGCAGGCAGGAAUCUGCCAAGCCCCUCGUUCUUCCCCAGCUGCUGCCCUUGGAGGUUACUGGACCUGCGCUACGUUCAGCUAUGAAAUUUCUGUUGGUUUUUGAUUUUGACCAUACAAUCAUAGAUGAAAAUAGUGACACCUGGAUUGUGAAAUGUGCUCCUGAAAGAAAACUUCCUAAUGGAUUAAGAAACUCUUACCAACCAGGACAUUGGACAGAAUAUAUGGGCAGAGUCUUUGUCUACUUGGGAGACAAUGGUGUCAAAGAAGAAGAGAUGAAAAGAACUAUGACAACAAUUCCUUUCACUGCGGGAAUGAUAGAUCUUCUGGGAUUUAUUGGUGAGAACAAGGAGCUGUUUGACUGUAUAAUUGUUUCAGAUUCUAAUACAGUAUUUAUUGACUGGAUUUUGAAAGCUGCUGACUUCCAUAAACUGUUUGAUGAAGUAUUUACAAACCCUGCAGCAUUCAGCAGUACUGGCUAUCUUACUGUACAGCACUUCCAUGCUCACCAUUGUGCAAAGUGCCCUAAAAACCUUUGCAAAAGGAAAGUUUUAAAAGAAUUUCUAGAUAAACAGUCGGAGCGAGGAGUGAGUUAUAGACAAGUUGUCUAUAUAGGUGAUGGUGGGAAUGACUUAUGUCCAGUAAUGUUUUUGAAGAAGAAUGAUAUUGCUAUGCCCAGACAGGGGUAUACCUUGGAGAAAAAGAUUUCUCAACUGGCCCAAAGUCUCAGUCCUGUGCAGUGUUCUGUUCUGGUUUGGUCAUCUGCGAUCGACAUUAUGUCUUAUCUGAAGCUACUCAUAAAGGAAUGAUUCAAAUGAUAAAAGGAAACUGAUGCAGUUACAUUUGAACUUACUGAGAGAGAAAAACUGCAUGUGUAUAAAAGCUAGAAAUUGUAAAAUUGGGUCAUUAUCUGAAAUUAUGGGUUUUUUUAAGCACAACAUAAAACAAACUAUUUAUGUUUAAUCCUGGUAAUAAUGUGAAAAUGCAGUAAAAAGGGCUUUCUAACACAGUACAGAUUCCAACCUAAGUGGAGAAGGGGGGCUGGGACAGGACUUGGCAUUAGUUUUUGUCUACUCCCUUCCUUCCAACCCUUUACCAAGCAUGUAACUGACCUUUGCCAUCCCACACACUUAGAGGAAAGAGUUGGAUUACUGUUCAGAAGAAUUAAAUUCUUUAUUUAGAAAAUAUUAGGUGCCAGGAGCAUGGUUCUGGAGCUGUUGGCUUUUAUACUUCUUUGAUCUGAUGGCAAAUUAUUUGCUUGUAAUCUUGUUUAAUCUGAAGAUGCAUUUAUAUUUUCAAUCUACUAAACAUUUUACCAACCAAAAUUACUUCUUCAUAGUUUGUAUUAUCUUGUAUUGUAAAGACAAUAAAAGUUGCUGUCACUGACAAAUGCAACGCA